GCUCAUUUUAUGACAAUAUUCAUAUUGUUUGUGUAUACAUGUUGCUUCUCCUUUGCCUCACCGCUUUUUUCUACAAUCGAAUUCCGAUCUGUGUAAUCCUUAUUUCCCUUCUUCCAAAUCGCUUCCAGUUCCCGAUAUCUUCCCGAUUAUUCUAAUCUUUAACCUAAUUUCUUCUACCUCAUCUACUGUCCUUUCUCACUCUUCUCAAGCUGCUACGUGCAAACGCAAUGUGUGUUGAACCGUCCAUAUCUUCCAAUCACCAGUUGUCCCUGCUACGCUAUCUCUUUCACAUACAAUCCAUAAAUAACAAAUAUCCCAACCCUAAAUCGAUUGAAGGAAUAUCGAUUACGAGAGCGAUGUUCUCUACAAAACCCAACCCCCCAAAAAACCUUUUUCGUUUCACUUUAAUCCAGGUAACGCCGCUGAAUCUCGUAAUCGAUUGAGAGUUUCUUUCAUUUAUUUGACGAGUUCGAGAGGGAAGCAGCAAGAAUCAAAAACGCAUACAUGCAUUGCUGCUGCUGCUGGUGGUGCAAUGGUGUCGUAUGCCGGUAGGGGUAGCUGGAGGCGAUGUGGAGGUUGAAGUUUCCUCACGAUAUUUCUGAUUCACAUGUUAAUUUGUCGGUCGAUUGAUUGGUCAACAAUAUCUACAGUUUUUUGUUUUCCUAAAGAUGAAUGGAUGGAGAUGUUGAACAUCUCAAUGAAGCCUAAUUUAAGAGACAGUAGAUGACAUCGAUUGAGAAGAGAAGACGUGGAAGAUGAUAAAGGCAGCAGCUAUGGUUUGCUAUCUAUACCACCGUCAAUUUGCGAUUUGCAGGUGGCGAGUUUGUACUCCAUGGUCGUUGCUUGAAAACACUACAGAGUAUAUAUUUGGUGGAUGAAGCGAAGGAAACAGGAGGGACUAAGUAUGAGGAAAGAAUUGAAACAUGAAAAAGGAAGUCAUUGACAGGUUAAGGAUUGUGUUCAUAGUGAUCGUAGCAGGAAAGGGUAACAAGAAAAAGAGGUUAACAGUUGGCACUGUGGAAGCUAGAAGUGUUGACGAACCCGUUCACAACAUUAGCAAAAAGGCUGCCAAGCGGCUACCUCGCCACAAAAACGUUACCUCCACACCUACUGUCGGACGUCGUGGGUCACCGGAGAAGCUGCCAAAGACCAAAGAUAUAAGUUGGGGAUGUCGUUGUGCUUUCCGCGAGCGAUCAGAAGGCUCUCGGUAUGCCAACAACAUCUCACUCCUUCGUUCCUCCCUAGGGAUUCGACGUCAGACCCGUCGUUGCCGUCAGAAAUGGCUUUUAGUUUCCAUUUCAACUUGUUCCAACGCCACCAGCCGCCUAGUCAGUGGUUGGGAGCUAUGGUCUCGUGUCGUGUAUGCAUAUGUGUUGUUGUUGAACCCGAGAUGUCUUGUGCGAGUGUUGUUAUCAAGAAACCAAGGAAAAGAACCACCAUGGCCGCCAACCAUGGUGCCCACCGCCUAA